GAUUCCUAUCGUGGAGGAGUCUAGUGCGAGAGGGCACAACCUCGGAAUAGAAGGAUGGCCUUUCAGAACAAAGAUAAGGAGGAUUUUUUUUAGCCAAAGGAUGGUGUAUCUACGUAACUUAUUGGUACAGACGGCCAUGAGUAUAUUUAAAGCGAAGUUUGAUCAGCAAGGGUGUCCAUGGUAACGGGGAGAAGGCUGGAGAAUGGGCGACGGAAUGGCGGUGCAAACUCAGUAACCUGAAUAAUUCCGUUCCCAGAUUUCGCGGACCUGUGGAUUCAGCCGUAACCAGGGCUAACAGAACACGGUUAUAUUUUCGCAUAGUAGCUACAAACUUCACUGCGACCAGAGGGCGACAGUGUUGCGGAAAUAAAUAUACAGAGAAACCUUUUCGGAGCUGCAUGCAAGGCCAUCAGAUGGCAGUGUGCAUCCGUUGUUCGGCAGCACGGACGGCGAGCAGGACGGUGGGAAAAGAACAUUUCUAAUCGUUGAUGCAUUUUGGGAAAGUGUGCAGCUCCAAAAGAAAUCGUCAAAUAUUCCCGUUUAGAACUACUACAGCUGCAGUCCACAGUCAUAGCCAUGGGUACUUAACUUGACAACAUGUGAAACCAGGCAGACCUGGAGUCCAGCUGAAGGGAAGGAGGUGCAGCAGGUGGACAUGAUAAAAUGGCUGUCGACGCAACGGGGACACUUCGUUAGGACUGUGGCUGAACCUUGUAGCGGAGAUGAUAGCAGAAGUGGAGUCACCCAGCAGAACGUCUUGCCAAAAAGAGAAUGAGAGCCACUCUGAGUCUGACGAUGACCUGGAGAAUCAGCGGAGGGGAAGUGAAAGCACCACUUCUACGUGGAAGAGACGAAGGAGCCAGUCAUCGAAAGGCAGGCGGAGAUCAAGGAGCCACCAGAUCCGAUCGCACGGAGAAGAGCAGCAGGAUGAAGUUGAGGCCGUCACGCUAUUUGAAGUGGUCAGGAUGGGCAAGAGUGCCAUGCAGUCCGUGGUUGAUGACUGGAUUGAAGAAUAUAAACAAGACAGAAAUACUGCACUCUUGGAUCUCAUCAUUUUUUUUAUUCAGUGCUCAGGAUGCAGAGGAAUUGUUACAGCUGAAGUUUUUCAAAAUAUGCACAGUCCUGACAUCAGGAGAAAAAUGACUGAGGAAUUUGAUGAGGAGACUGGCUUACAGUACAAGAAGUUCAUGGUGUAUCCCUGGAUCCUGAAUGUGACGUGGCCACUUGAACUGGACAGUGGGGAUUACCCCCUGACAAUGUCAGGACCCUACUGGAAGAAGUUCAAGUCCAACUUCUGUGAAUUCCUCUCAGUGUUGAUUCAGCACUGUCAGUACACCAUCAUACACGACGAGUACCUGAUGGAUACAGUGAUCUCACUUCUAACCGGCCUCUCAGACUCCCAGGUGCGGGCCUUCCGACACACCAGUACACUUGCAGCUAUGAAACUAAUGACAGCUUUAAUCCACGUGUCUCUGAGUCUGCGGGUACAGUUGCACAACACGCAACGACAGUGUGAAGUGGAGAAGAUGAACAGAAGGCCAAACCGGGGACUAGAAACAUUCUUGCAGAAGAAGGAUGAGAUUUUAGAAAAGCAGAGUAAUAUUGAAAAUCUAAUGGAUGCCAUUUUCAAAGGAAUCUUUGUGCACAGAUAUCGUGAUGCAUUGCCUGAAAUCAGAGCUAUUUGUAUCGAGGAAAUAGGCAUCUGGAUGAAAACCUGCAGCGAUCGCUUUCUGACUGACAGCUACUUGAAAUAUGUGGGGUGGACUUUGCAUGACAAACAAAGUGAGGUGAGAUUGAAAUGCCUGAUUGGAUUACUGGCCCUGUACUCUGACCAAGAGUGUUGUGCAAAGAUGGAUCUUUUCACCUGUCGCUUCAAGGACAGAAUCAAAUCAAUGACUCUGGACACUGAAAGUGAAGUAGCUGUACAAGCAAUUAAGGUGUUAACUCUCAUGUUGGAGAACUGCGAAGAUGCAUUGACUUCAGUAGACUGCGAGCAGCUCUACCAUUUUGUGUACUCGGCACACAGGCCCGUUGCUGUGGCUGCUGGAGAAUUCCUGCAUAGGAAGUUGUUUUGCAGUCAGGAUUCUGAAUUUCAAGAUGAAUUGACUGAGAGAAAGGAGAGUGCCACCUGUAACAUCAGCCACUUAAAGACUCUGGUGAACUUCUAUCUGGAGAGUGAGGGGUACACCCAUUCAGCCUACCUCGUUGACAGCCUCUGGGAUCACUCAGCGUUCCUACUGAAGGACUGGGAGUCCAUGACGGCAAUACUGCUAGAAGAUGGCAGCAUGGGAGAGAAAGGUUUCUCUAAUCUACAGAAGAAGGGACUGGUGGAGAUCAUGCUGGGCUCGAUUCGGCAGGCGGCAGAGGGCCUCCCUCCCGGUGGCAGGUGCUUGGGAAAGAAGGUUCAGAUGGUAAAGGAGAGGAAGUCCCAGACGGACGAUCGAGCAAAGCUCACGGAACAUUUCAUUGUGGCACUUCCACAGCUGCUGGCUAAGUAUUCCGCUGACGGGGAGAAAGCAAUUAAGCUCAACCUUCUACAAGUUCCCCAGUAUUUUGAUCUGGAGGUCUACAGUACUGUGCAAAUGGAAAAGCAUUUGGGUACCCUGCUGAAGCAGAUAAAGGAGAUAGUGGAACAGGAGACAGGCUCUGAAGUUCUGGAGUUCUGUUCGAAGGCAUACCUCUUCCUUAGCAAGGAGGAGCUGGCUGCUCACGAACAAGUAGAGCAAGCAAAGAGUCAGUUAUUCGACCAGCUUGUGGGGAAGUUCAACCGCCUGCUGAAAGACUUUCUUCACAAGGGAGACCGGUUCAACGAGACUGAAUCUUACCAAAUGUGGUCAACGUUGAAGAGAAUAACUACCUUCCAUAAUGCUCAUGACAUAACUCGGUGGAAUUUGUUAAACAGCACCUGUAAGCUGCUGAAGAGUGGGCUGGAAGACGGGAAUGUCCCGGAGCCGAUCAUUAUUCAGGCAAUAAAGUGUAGCUACUUUCACAUCAUGUGGCAACUCUCCAAAGUUUCUGAAGGCAUUUCCUCUAAGACCAUGCAGGAGUCCGUGGGGAAGCAGAUGAGGGGAUUCUGUUAUAUUUCCAGACAGUAUUUGACCAAUGUCAGCGACGUUAUCAGAGAGCAGGCUUUCGUGAUCCUCUGUGACCUCCUGCUGGUGUUCAGCCACGAGGUUCAGUCCAGUGGCGGUGACAAUGCCGAGUCCUUCCCCUACGUUCCCGAGGCUUCCCUGCAGUCUCAGCUUUUGGCCUUUGUCAUGGAGCACGUGUUCGUUCCCCAAGACAGCGAGAACGUCAGCAACGAUGAAGAAGGCAAAGUGGGUGUUUUGCACAAGAGAAGGAAUCUCCUUGCUGCCUUCUGUAAGCUGAUAGUAUUCAGUGUGGUGGAGAUGGACAUCGCUGCCAACAUCUUCAAACAGUAUAUCAAGUAUUACAACGACUAUGGGGACAUCAUUAAGGAGACACUCAGCAGGACAAGGCAGAAUGACAAAAUACAGUGUGCAAUGACUUUGAUUCACUGCUUAAAGCAGCUGUUCAGUGAACUGCUGCAAGCUCAAGGCUCCAGUGUAACCAGAUGGUUUCAGCCGUUCAUCAGUAUAAAGGACUUGGCCAGGCGCUUCUCGCUGACCUUUGGCUUGGACCAGUUGAAAACCAGGGAAGCAAUGGCCAUGUUGCACAAAAACGGCAUUGAGUUUGCCUUCAGCGAUCUCAGUGAAAAGGGUAAGAAUCAGCCUCCCCCUAAUCUGCCAUUCCUGGAUAUCUUGAGUGAGUUUUCCUCAAAGCUGCUGAAGACAGACAAGAAAACAGUACUCAACUACCUGGAGAGAUUUGUAACAGACCAGAUGUUAGCAGAGAGUGGAGAGGGGUGGCUCCCACUCGUCUCAUACAAGCGGUCCUUGUUGGACACCAGGGAUGAUGAGACAACUUCCAUAAGUAGUGAUGACAGGAGCCCACCAUCACCAGCACAACACAGUUCCAAAGCAGCAUCCCUGAAAAGACAACACCAAACGGGGGACAGCAUUAGUAGUGUGGCACUGAAUGAGGAACAGCAGAGAAAGCCAUUACCCAACUUUCUGAUGUCUCAGUUAAAGUCGACGGAGCUCAGAGAAAGUGAGAGGGACGUAAACCAGAUGGGGAGUUGUGUAAAGGAAGAUCCAGUGGACAAGGAUGGUUUACAGUCACCUUGCAGUGAGUAUGGCAUCACCACAAUGGAAGUCACAGAGAAUAUAGCAACAGAAGAUGCAGCUAAAUCACCUGAAAGUGACCUUGAUGACUUGAAUGAAAUAUUGGAUAUUGAUAAUGACUGAUGUGAAUCUGAUGCCAGUGAGGGGGAUAUCUCGAGGCAGUGUCGGCAUCAACAUUUCCAAUUGGGAGCUGUCGAAAACACUGAAAUCUUAUAAAAUAAUUUAUGUUACCAGCAUAAUUGGAACCAGAGACCAAUGUAUAACUGUUGGUGGUACUAUUGCAGUACCUAGGAGUAAAACAGAAGUAAGUUUCUUUGCAGAAAAGCCCCUGCAGAAGAACAUCUCCCAUGGCUGAGGUAGUUCUUUAGAGGAUAUUAAUUUCUGCAACUUGUAAGAUCUUAUUCCUUCCUCUCAAAAAUAGUUAGUGUACAAGUAGAAUAUCGUGCUUUCACCAUUUUUAUUCUUGGGUAAAUGGAUGGAGUUGCAUUUCAUCACUUUCAGCAUUACAGUAGAAAAAAACAAGGUGACAAAAUGAGUAAAAGAAAGUGUCAUUCAGUGUAAUUAUGUAUGAUAGCUAACGGGGUUUGUUUAUUAGGAAUUUAGAAAUUAAGAGCUGAGUGCCAAAUAAUAAAUGGGGGAAGGUUAUCAAAUUAUGCCAAUAACUAUUAAAAUUAUACACAAUAGUGUUCAAGAAGGUGUAUCCCAAUCUGUCAAUCAUGAAUUUUUUAAAAAAAGUAUUAUAAAGACAACCCAUUUAGGGCUUUUACUGGAUUUAACUGGCAGACCAUCUCCAAUUUGAUCUUAUUUCUCUGUAAAGUGUAAGUGGAGGUUAGAGAGGAUUUAAGUAAAGCAAGAUAGAAAUGGAGAGCUAGGAAAAGGAAGCAAAAAAAUUGAUAUUGUAAGUGCAGACUAUAUGCGGUGGCCACUUUAUUAGGUACCCCUGCUCAUUAAUGCAAAUAUCUAAUCAGAAUCAUGUAGCAGCAACUCAAUGGUCAUAUGAUUCAGCUGCAGUUCAAACUAAGCAUCAGAAAGGGGAAGUAGUGUGAUCUAAGUGACUUUGACUGUGUAACGAUUUCUUGGUGCCAAAUGGAGUGGUUUGAGUAAUAAUUAUCAGACUGGUUCAAGCUGACAGUAACUCAAAUAACCAUGAGUUACGACAGUGGUGUGUUGAAGAGCAUCUCUAAAUGCACAACGUAUCGGCCUUUGAAGCGGAUGGGCUACAGCAGCAGCAGACCACACCGGUUUCAAUUCUUGUAAUUAAUAAACUGGUAACUGAGUGUAGGUUGUUAUUAUCCAAAGUAGGUCUAAGAAUGCUUGUUACAGGAGAACUUUGAGCAUGUUUAAUAAAUGUAAUUAUCAGUAGAUUCCAAAUAGAUGCUGAAUUUUGGUACAAUUGACUAGUUACAGUUCUGCAAUGCCAAGGUCAUUUCAAACCCCCAUUGCAGAUAAAUUGAAUUUAAUAAAUCUGGAAUCAGCAAAAAGCAACUGCAAAACAUUUAAAAUUAUCAUUAAAAAAGCAAACUUAUUAACAUCUUCUAGAGAAAAGAUUCACAAUUAAUGCUGGGUCAUUCAUUAAUUUUAACCUGACUAAAUAUGCCAAGGGAUAUUGGGGAUUUUAUUGAAUGGGGAAUCAGGCUAAAGGGACAACCAUCCCUAUGAAAUCAGUCUGACAAAGAAAUUGUCGUUCUGAGGUUCAAUACCACAGUGGUUUGUCAGUAACAUCUAAGUGGCUGAGAAACACAAGUCACCUGGUCAAUAAUCAUACGAAUCCUGGUAAACAAUAAGAUUGGUUCUGUGAGUCCCCUGUAUUCACCAUUGCCCUUUUGAUUUCAAGUCAAGUCAGAUCUGCUUCUUACCUACAUUCUUCCUGCUCAAUCAUUCAGCUUUUGAAUCAGUAAUUCUCACAUUUAACAUUAUUUGUUGAAAAUAAUGCAAGAAUAUAGACUUCUGUCGAAGGGUUUUGUUCCAAAACGUUGACUAUUUUUUUCCAUAAAUGUUGCUUGGCCUGCCGAGUUCCUCCAGCAUUGUGUGUGUAUUACAAGUAUGUAGAAUUUAGCUCUAACCUGUCUCUCCCCAUGGCUCCAGUGACUAUAAGUCUAGCAUUUUUGAAAAAUAGCAAGAUUAACUAAUCUCAAUGCUGUGAAUGGGAUAUUUUGCACAAAAUAUCUACCUUACUGGCUUAUAUUUACAAUGGCACAUAAUCAAAAACCUUCAGUGAAUUAACACACACAAAAUGCUGAAGGAACUCGGCAGUUCAGGCAGCAUCUAUGGAAAGAUGGGGCACCACAGCAGCAUAGCAGUUAGCACAACAGUAUUACAGUGCCAAUGACCAGGGUUCAAUUCCUGCCGCUGUCUCGAAGGAGUUUCUAUGUUCUCCCUUUGUGACUGUGUGAGUUUCCUCCGGGAGCUCCGAUUUCCUCCCACAUUCCAAAGAUGGAUGGGUUAGUAGGUUAAUUGGUCACAUGGGUGCAAUUGAGUACAGCAGGCUCCAUGCUGUAUCUCUAAAAUAAAAGAAACGGAAUAGAGUCCUUUAGUAAAUUGAUGUUCUGCCAAGUUAUAGCAAACAAAUACACUAAUACAUUUUACACAAACCACCUUUGAGGCAUUUCUGAAAUGGAUGCUAGUGCAAUUCAUAAAUACAGGAUUUACAACCUGCAGGAUCAAGUAGCUCUGUGAGUACUACACCGAUUACUUUCUGGAGGAUGGCUCAGCAAAACUAUCUGAAGUUCAGCCAGGUUAUAAGAGGGACAUUUCUAUUUUAAAUCUAUAUGAGGAGAGAUCUGUACUUAAUUCUUUCUUUUCAAUUAAAGAAGUCACAGAUGCCAGUUGAAUACCUCCUCACGGUGUGACAUGGGCCCCAUAAAUUAGAGUAAAAUAGCCAUACCACUGCCUCAAGCAGUGCAUUAAAUAUCUCCCCUGCCUCCUCAUUAAAUGUACGAUUUCAGGCCUCAAUGGUGAAAACUGGGGGCGGGGGAGGAAGAAGUGGGCAAAAUUUGACACAUUAUUUGCAUAGUAGUGAUAUGCAGAGAUGUACAGGCCAAGGUGACUUUAUAAUGUACUUGCACAAGCUAUUAAAAAUACAAACAGAAAAAUAAUCAUAGCCAAAAUGUAGUCUUCAUAAUAGAGGAAGGUUGAAACGGUUCAACAAACACUAAAAAUUGCAGUGUUUAGUGCAAUUGCUUUACAGCACCAGCUUUCGCUGAUCUGGGUUCUUGUGGUUGCCUGGAAGAAGUUAGCACAUUCUCCCCAUGGCCAUGUUGGUUUACUUCAGGUGUUUUGGUAUUCUCCCACAUUCCAAAGAUUUAAAGUUAGGUCCUUAUUAAUCAAGAACCUAGCAACCUCUGCUUUAAAUAUACCCAAUGACUUAGCCUUCACAGCUGUCUGCGGCAAUGAAUUUCACAGAUAUACCACCCUCUAGCUAAAGAAAUUCCUCAUCUCCACUCUGAGGCUGUGCUCUCUAGUCCUAGUCUCUCCCAUUGUAGCAAACAUCCUCUCCACAUCUAUCUAGACAUUUCAAUAAGCACUGGGAGACCUGGAUGAGCAGCUUCAAAACUCAGGUUCCUUAAACAUUUUACAAAGUUCACUGUGUGCUUAAACCAACAGGGAGUGUUUAAUUUAGCAUCUAUCUGCUGAUAUGUUCAUUCCAUGGGUGCCUUAGUAGUGACACCAUCAGCAACACUGCAUUAACAACUCUUCUAUCUGAGCGUGACAAGGUCUGCAGGAAUCCCAACAGCUGCCACAAUAGUGUCAACUCUCUCUGCUCCAACGACAGAUGUUAUUUCCCUAAAUAUGGGCACAUUUCAA